AUGGCUGCACAAUCCCCGAAAUCACACAUCCCCAAGCGGCCCCCCUUGCAUCUUGAGGAUAUCCAGCAUCCGACCAAAGUCAGUCAUGGAGAUACGGCUCUUGCCCUCUUUGCUGAUGGCAUAGAACUGGAAUCAGUCGAGCCCACUGAGUUGAAGAGACUCGUACGGAAGAUAGACUGGAAUAUCCUACCCUUUCUAUCAAUUUGCUACGCCUUCUAUUAUAUUGACAAAACAACCCUGUCAUACGCAGCAAUUUUUGGCAUCAAAGAGGAUUUGGGUUUGUCCGGAGAGCAAUACUCGUGGCUAUCGUCGGUGUUCUAUUUCGGGUUCCUCGUCUGGGCUCUGCCCACCAAUCUUUUGCUCCAGCGCUUUCCCGUGGGCAAAUACCUGGGAAUCAAUAUAUUCUUAUGGGGUUUUUUCCUGAUGCUUCAAGCAACUGCAAAGAACUUUACCCAACUGACUGUGCUCCGGGUGAUAUCCGGCGCUGCUGAGGCCUGCAGUGACCCUGGAUUCAUGCUUGUUACGAGCAUGUGGUACACUCGCCGUCAACAGCCCAUCCGCAUCGGACUGUGGUACACGGCCAAUGGAGCGGGAAUAGCUCUCGGUGGUCUCCUUGGAUACGGGAUCGGACAAAUUCGAGGUUCCUUGUCCUCAUGGAAAUAUGAGUUUCUGAUAAUCGGGGCCUUGUGCGCCGUUUGGGGCAUUUUUAUCGUCAUGUUCCUGCCCGACUCCCCUGUUACUGCACGUACAUUCUCCCCGCGAGAGAGAAAGCUGACAGUGGAGCGACUCCGAGACAACCAGACAGGAGUGGAGAACAAGACACUCAAACCGGCUCAGGUUCUCGAAGCCCUUCUGGAUUGGAAGGUGUGGGUAUUUCUACUUCUGGGGCUAUCCGGAAACAUUCCCAACGGAGGCAUUUCGAACUUUGGCACACUGAUCAUCCAAGGGUUCGGAUUCUCGACCUUGGUGACAGCUCUCAUGCAAAUACCGUAUGGGGUCUUUAUUUCUACCAUGAUUCUGAUCAGCGUCUAUGUCAACGACCGCCUACCUCCGAACAACCGAUGCUUCGUGGCUAUUAUGUUCCUUAUCCCAAAUGUUGCGGGCGCUUUCGGCCUUUGCUUCUUACCCGAAGCCAGUCGAGUCGGUCGCUUGAUCUGCUAUUAUCUAACAGGCUCGUACAACGCUUCGUUUGUGUUGAUUCUCUCCAUCCUGACCGCGAACAUUGCCGGUCACACCAAGAAAGUAAUCACCAAUGCAAUGAUCUUCCUCGGAGUGUGUGCGGGGAACAUCGCGGGCCCGUUCUUCUACAGGUCCGACCAAGCACCGCGUUACACCCUGGGGAUCUGGUCAAUGAUUGUAUCUAAUUUCAUUGAGAUUGCCCUCAUAAUUCUGCUGCGGGUGGUAUUGGCGUGGGAGAACCGUCGGCGAGAUGCAUUGCAAAGCGGGGAUCGUCCGGACUUGGGCCGAGAUCAAACGGCUUUCAGCAACCUCACGGAUAAGCAAAACUUGAAUUUCCGGUAUGUGUACUAA